GGGAAUCUUUGAGACACAACGGAGAUAUAUCCAGAACGUGGAGCGCACGGUGGUCUUUUGUCAUAACAUUCAGGGGCUGCAACCAGUUCUAACUUUUUCGAUCCUUCAACUUGCAAAACUAAGGCAAACAUGGCAGUAGAAUAUCGUGAUUUGGUCCACGAGCUCGCCAAAGCAAGCAAGCCCGAAUAUAACCUCGCCCUCAUAAACGAGAACCUCGACAGACGCUCCCUGCCCGCAGCCUCCCCGAUCCCCUCGGUGCUGUACUGAGAGUCGUCCAGGCACGCAAGAAACGUGAAACGGAUGAGCAGCAGCGGCGGGAGGCCAAUCGGAAGCUCCAGGAGCAUUUGGCUCGCAAGCACGACGAGCUGGCUCAGCAGGACCGGGAGGAGGCGGAGACGGAGCGACAUCACGAUGUCAAUCCUACGGCCGAAGCUCCCGAGGAGGUUAAAGAGCCGGAGGUCUCGGAGCCGCUGUACCUAACCCUGCCACAGCCAACGCCGGUCCUGGACCUCUCCCCGCUGGGCCUGCCCCCGUCCCUCAACCACACGGAAGCCAUGGCACUGAUGAAUGAGCUCAUUGUCACACGGCAGUUAUUCGCUCACGCGGGGGCCUUCGACGGCGCAUCAGCGAGCCCGAUAUUGAAAACGCUGUUCAGCAUUGUGACAUACGGCGAAAACCCACACAGCGCAUCCCAGCAGCUGGUGCGGUACUACAACGCAGCAGAUGUGGCGGGUCAUGGUGGAGGCGGCAGGAAGCGCAGCGCGAUUCAUGAGGAACCGUCACCGCAAGGGGGCAGCGCUGGCGGCAAAGGCAGUGACGGAGAUGGUCGAGGCGGGUGGGGUUUCGCCCGGCUGCCAAACCUCCAGGGACUCCUGAGGUUGCUGGCAGAUUUGUCGAGGUUGCAGCUAGGGGGCCGAGUGGACGCGGGCUUUCGAAGCCAGGGCGAGGCUCCCUGUAAGGGGCUGAUCACUGCCUUGCUCCGCAUGCUGCUGGACAUGGGGCUGUCGUCGCGACUGCAUACUGACGUGUGUGCUGCUCUAGAGGGCCUUAUGCAGCCCUGGGACGAGCCGCGGUGGCGCCGCAUCUGCGAUGACACGGCGGUGACGGCGGCGGAUCUGGGCCCCUCCCACCGGGCUGCCUACAGGGUCAUUUCGGGGGUACAUGGCCUAAGUGAACGGCUGCGUACCUGGCAGCAGUGCGCCAUGUUGCAGCUAUUGCGGAAGACGUUGCCGCCGGAAAUGACGUGCAACAGCGGCGGCCCGGCUGGCAGCCAUCGGGGGCAGCUCCAUGUGGACAUCCGGCAGGUCCAGACAAUGUUGGGCAAGGACUGUGCCAAGGGCGUCAAGGCGCUGCUGAAUGGGCUGAGGCGGUCGUUGCGCGACCGGGGCUCGGCGGGGGCGGCUGGAGGGGGUGUGGAUUACUGGCUGCUGCUGACGGUGCUGCAGUGCGCUCACAUGGUGACGUGGACAAGCGUUUACGUUGAGGAGGGCGAGGAGGUGGACAAGGUGAUUCGAUGGAUACUUACCUACUUCAAGUCUGUAGAGCAAAGUCUACGUGGGCAGCAAGCCACGGUAAUGCGCAUCAAGGUGUUCCUCGCAGACGUACAAACCAACUACGAAUUGCUGGCGCGAGUGGAUUAGAAAGGGGGAAGCGGGGAACAGGUGGAAGUGAAGAACCAAGCGGAGAGUGCAUUAUGUGGUGUGAAAACGUAUGCCCCCAUUGUCAGGUUUAUAUGCAUGGGAGGUAUCGCGACAACUUUAGUGGCUGUUGAGGCUGCUUGUCAUAUGAUGCUUAGGGCUGUGGUACUGCCAUAAGGCGGGGUUUGGUGCAGCUAAUGGGGGAGGGGAGCGCAGGGAACGUAGUCUAAAUUUGAGGGAUUGUAGGGGACUUGAACUCAGUUCUAUGGUGAAAUUCUGUAGGAGGUUGGUGGGCUAAAGUUGGUCAGCAGCGUUGUCCCUGUCAAACAGGGAGAUGAGGAGUAGGUACUUGCUACCCCAAGGGAUAACUGACGGAAUCCCUGUAUAUUAAUUGGUAAGCGCCAUAAUGUUC